UGUUCUUCCGGUGUCAUGGCGUCAAAGUGCCUGGAGCUUGUUACUGAGAGCACUCCAGCUGGAUCGGCUCCUUUCUGUGAUUUAUACAAGCUAUAGGCUGCAUAGAAAAGACUCUAGGAGACCUUCAAGCUGCAUAAUGGAAUCAGUGACGUUUGAGGAUGUGACUGUGACCUUCACCAGUGCGGAGUGGACUUUGCUGAGUGCAUCCCAAAAGCAGCUCUACAGAGAUGUGAUGGAGGAAACCUUUCAGAGCAUCAUGACUAUAGGAAGACUCUUGGGUAACCAGAAAGUGGAAGAAGAGUGCAGUAACCUCUGUAGAAAUCUAAGAAAUGAAGAUGUUGAGAAAUACCAUCUAUAUAAAGGCCUUUGAAGCAAGGAAGUCACCAACUGCAGUUGGAAAGCAUGUAAUGGCCUGCCAAAGUUCGCCAGAGGCACCAACUUACCUUUACCAUCCAAAGUUGUGUGUCACACAUCCUCGACUUACAAGUGAAGGUAUAUUAUGACAUUUUCAACUGUUAUGUGAAUACAACAAAACAGUAAAUUAAUUAUCUACCCAGGAGGCACAAGUGCUGAAAGUGGUAGUAGAGAAGCAACAAAUAGCGAAAUUGUGUGACCCAUUACCUUUCCUCCAUUCAACUCUAAACACAAUAUGACUGAUAUCUUACGUUAGCACCUAUUGGUCUCUGAGUCAGCAAAUCAUCAACACUAGUAAAACACAAAACAGAUUUAGAGGCAUCUGACCACAGUGGGAUGUACGUGGCCCAAAUAUAUCUGAUUGCCACAACAGGCACAAGGAUUAGCCUUGUCUCACAACUCUGGAAGACAUCUGGAUCUGAAUCCUUAAGUACCGUAUCCCAGAAUCAUUAAAGAUUGCUGUUUCUCUUUGUUUUCCUUUUUACACUUGUAAUUCAUCCUAUUUUUGAUACUGUCAUCCUGUGAUAUCAAUAAAGAGCAACUUACUACUAA